GGUCCGGCCCAGAGCGCGGCCCUGUCGCUGCCGCGGUCGGAGGCGCAGCCGUGCCCCGGCCCGACGCGGGGCCGCCGUCUCGCCCGUCACAGGCGGCCCGGCCCGGCGGCCAGCGCGGGGCUCAUGGCCCAGUUCUAGGUCCAAUGAUUAGUCCUGUGACAAGACAGCAUGACACUUUGAGUAUGACAGAAGCCCUGAUGCUGCAGCAGAGGGUGGGAAUAUUAAUGGCCAAAUCUAGAGAUCAGAUGGUCUUUUAAAGAAGUCAUGGGUAGCUGUUGUAGCUGUCCAGAUAAAGAAACUGUCCCAGAUAACCACCGAAACAAGUUUAAGGUUAUUAAUGUGGAUGAUGAUGGUAAUGAACUGGGUUCUGGCAUAAUGGAACUUACAGAUACUGAACUAAUUUUGUACACCCGUAAAAGGGACUCUGUAAAAUGGCACUACCUCUGUCUCCGUCGCUAUGGCUAUGACUCAAAUCUUUUCUCUUUUGAAAGUGGUCGAAGGUGUCAAACUGGACAAGGAAUCUUUGCCUUUAAGUGUGCCCGGGCAGAAGAGCUAUUUAACAUGUUACAAGAAAUAAUGCAGAAUAACAGCAUAAAUGUGGUAGAAGAACCAGUAGUAGAAAGGAAUAAUCAUCAAACUGAGUUGGAAGUACCAAGAACGCCUCGAACACCAACAACUCCUGGGUUCAAUGCACAAAGUUUACCCAACGGCUAUCCCAGAUACCCAUCUUUUGGAGAUGCUUCAUCACACCCUUCCAGCAGACAUCCUUCUGUCGGCAGCGCACGCCUCCCCUCUGUCGGUGAAGAGUCAACACAUCCUUUACUUGUAGCAGAGGAGCAAGUGCACACUUAUGUAAACACUACUGGAGUACAAGAGGAAAGAAAAAAUCGAUCAAGUGUGCAUGUGCCACUGGAAUCAAAACUUUCAAACACUGAAACAACUAAAAUGAAAGAAGAUCAGAUGUGUACUGAUGACAGAGAUGCUCAGGUUCUCCUGGAGCCUGAAGGAGUGAAGUUUGUUUUAGGACCAACGCCUGUUCAAAGGCAGUUAAUGGAAAGAGAGAAACUGGAACAACUUGGGAGAGAUCAAGUUAGUGGCAGCAGCACAAACAACAGUGAAUGGGACACUGGGUACGACAGUGAUGAACGAAGAGAGACACCAUCUGGUAAUAAAUUGGUGUAUGAAAAUAUAAAUAGGUUAUCAAUCCCUAGUGCCUCAGGGGUCAGGAGAGGUCGCUUGACAUCAACCAGUACCUCAGACACGCAGAACAUUAACAACUCUGCUCAGAGGAGAACUGCGCUGCUGAACUACGAGAACUUGCCAUCCUUGCCUCCUGUUUGGGAAGCCCGCAAGCUGAGCAGAGAUGAAGAUGACAGUUUAGGACCAAAGACCCCAUCUCUGAAUGGCUACCACAAUAACCUAGAUCUAAUGCAUAACUAUGUCAAUACAGAGAAUGUAACAGUACCAGCAAGUGCUCAUAAAGUAGAAUUUACACGACGUCGGGACUGUACCCCAACAGUCUUUAACUUUGACAUUAGGCGUCCAAGUUUAGAACACAGGCAGCUCAACUAUAUACAGGUUGACUUGGAAGGUGGUAGUGACUCUGACAACCCUCAGACUCCAAAAACCCCCACCACUCCACUUCCGCAAACUCCAACCAGGCGCACAGAGCUGUAUGCUGUGAUAGACAUUGAAAGAACUGCUGCUAUGUCAAGCUUGCAAAAAGCACUGCCCCGAGAUGAUGGUACUUCUAGGAAAACUAGACAUAACAGUACUGACCUGCCUAUGUGAGCCUGGGGAGCAUUGAAUCAUUUGCACCUUUUGUGAAGUUUAUAAAAUUGAAGAUGCGAGUACUUUGCAUUUCUUAACACUAACGCCUUUUAUAGACUAAUAGAACUUCUUCUGCAUACUUCAUGUACUUGUCUUACUAAAGGGAAUUAAUGUAGAGCAAGUAUUCAUUUUAGGUAACACUAUUUCAUUCUACAGUAGAAGUAAUUACUGCAUAGCAGCAUCACCACCUUUCACAGUGCCUCUUUAAUUGAUUAGAAUCUGAGUGACAUGCCAGUUUUGAAUUUAUAAAUAUUCUGGUCUGGUGCCUAUACUCAUUAAUGGCAUUUAUAAUACUUUUUAAAGCCUCUUGAUAUGUGCAUUAUUAGCAGGUAAACCUAGUCUUUCAGUAUACAUAUCUGACGUUCAUUCCUCAUUGAAGUGGUUCCUCCAGAGUGAAAUGUAUGUAAUGUGUUAAUUCAUUCAGUUUGACAUACACAAGAGAUAUUGGUUCAUCUCAAGGAAUAUAAGCACCACACUUUUUUUUGUCUGUGGGCAAGAAGGCCUCUAAUUCCUGACAGUUUUCUAAACUUGUGUGAUAUUUGAGAGGUCACACUGGCAAUUGUUGAUCAGAGCUAUAAACACAUGAAAAAUCAGCCUUAAGCUCCUUCUGUUUGAAUAGAAUUCCAAGCGACAUAUCAAAUUCCCUCUGAAAUCUGACAAAAUUUUAAUCUCAUUAGAGUUUUGGGUUUUUUUUGUGAAGGAAUUCACAGGUGGGCUGUAUGAAUUAAGGCUCUCUUGUCGUUUCUUAGUUCAGUGUGCCUUCUUUUCUUUGCAUUUGUGUGUUUCCUUUUUAUUUGUUCCAUAAUGUCUUGUUUUAAAAGUCAAAAUUUUGUACAUAGCUUUAAUUGUUCAGGGUCACCUAUGUAUUUGUCUUACUCUCUGCAUUUGACAAAGCGAGACUCUUGAAGGUCAAAUGGUUGUCUUCGUCCAGUGUUCUACUUGUUUAUGCCUGACAGAAAUAUUCCAGCUCUCCAGCAGCAUGCAUUAUUGCACAACUGGAAAGGUUUAUUAUGCAGUUAUUGUCUUCCUCUAAAGCAUCAGACACAGGUUACACGGGAGGCAGGGUACUGGACUUGAUAGUUCUUUAUAGAAAGUUGUACCUUCUAGAAAUGUGCAUCCAUAGGUGAUAGUGUACUUUUAACUUAAAAGGAUACGUAGUAAAUUAUCUGAAGGUAGUAUUAUCUAUGAGCAUACUUGCUUUCUUUUUGCAGUUGGUGAAUUUGGUUACAGUGAUGGCUGUUCAGUGUUACAGGUACAUCCAGGUAGAAUGUUGUUUGUUGAAUAUGCCAGAGGCACUCUUAGAAGUUUUUUUUUCUGUUUUGUUUAUUAAUACUCUGAAUAAUCUUAGAAUUCUGGCAGUAUUGCAGGUGCACCUUGGUACUAGCAGCAGAAGAGAUUGCUCUUGAGCCCAUGAUUGCAAAGGAACUGACACUUGUGUGAACUGGUAUGAUGUAAAAUAACCCUUGAACUGUGAGGAAAAACAUGCAAGAAAAGCCAUUUGGAGAUCUGAAAAAGCAUUAAGGGUCUCCACGCAAUAUUUGAAUUGAAGUUUUAUAAAAACCAAACUACAAUUACUUUCUGUCUUUUAAAUUGGUGUGUAUUUGUGUUCCUACAAUUUUUUCUUUGGUCUUCUCUCAUUUAGUAGUGGCAGCAGUAGUAGCACCUGAAAUAUAUGUCUCUUGCCAUACCACUAGGUGGUAUCAGACCACCUUUUCACUCUGGCUUUCAUUAUUCUUUACAGACUGUAUGGUACUGCAAUACCAGAUGGACAAAGAACAUAAUUUGCUGAAGUAAAAGAUGGGAGUCAUUGAGACCAUUGAGAGGAACUUAAAAGAGAUUAAAAAAAACCAAACAAACCCUCUAAUAAUUAUUUCAUGGUCAGCCUCUGCUUACUCUUGUAAGAGACUUGCUGACUUGUGAGGAGACAUUGGUACUCAAGAAGGUAAAGACUGCCAAGAGCUAGGCAUUUUAAAUGUUGUAGCCACGUGGGGGUUGGUCUCUUCCAGUCAGCCAGCAACAGGACAAGAGGACAUAGGCUUAGGCUGUGCCAGGUAGAUGUUAGCAGGAAAUUCUUCACAGAAAGGCUGAUUAGACAUUGGAAUGUGCUGCCCAGGGAGGUGGUGGUCACUGUCCCUGGAAGCAUUCAAGGAGAGAGUGGACAUGGCAGUUGGUGCUGUGGUGUGGUUGACAAGGUGGUGUUCGGCCAUAGGUUGGCUUCAGUGAUCUCAGAGGUCUUUUCCAAGCCUACUGAUUCUUUGAUUCUGUAACUGCUCCCUCGCAUCUUUGCCCUUGCCUCCCCUUAUGGACCUCCUGGUCUGUACUGAAGAGAAAUUACCAUGUAUUGCAAAAUACUUACUGGGUUAAUAAUACUGGUGUGAUUCUUGUUCUUAGCAUACAGCUCACUUAAAUUUGUGAGCUGAACUAAUGCUUCAGCAUAUGUUUUGAGGCAAACCUGUUUGAUCUAGCUGGCUGCUUAGAAAUAUAUGGUCCUCAUCUGUAUAGUUUGGACAAAUUAACUGGACCCUUAAAACACACCUGUGAGGUACGGAAGUAAUAAUAUUCUUAACUACUAAAUAGGGAAGCAGAGGCUUUGGGUAGAUCGUAAAUGACCUGCUGAAAUUUCAACAACCAGCCAUAUCCCUCCUUUGUUCCAGUGCACUGUCCUAUGCAUUUUUUCUGAAUAGUCUCAGAUAAAAAAGAAUGGUCUGAGCAAAUUUUUUACAUUGUUGCAAGUUUCAGAAUGUUUUCUUAGCUCUGGUCCCCAGAAUUGAGAACAUACUGAAAUUUCAACUGUCUGUAGCCUUAAUUAUAUUAACAAGUCGGAUGACAUAUUUUCCAGGACUACUUUUUUAACCUGUUACAUUUUACAGGUGGGAUAAUGCUUUCUCGUUUUGUGUACGCUGCAAACAUACUGCAUAGUCCCUGUCACCCACACUACUCAUCUUUAGCAUUCCUUAUUUUCUGCCCCUUGAAGUAGAUGCAGUUGCAAUGCACUUUACCCUUUGAGACUUGGUAAAUAUUUUUUUCAAUUCAGUCUCUUUUAAAGUCUGUGAUGUUAGAUUUAGUGUCUGUAAUAUAGGAUUCAGUUUUCAGCUGAAAUCUCUCAAUGGAAUUUAGAUCAUAUUUAUUUUGGGCCCACAGGUGUAUAGACUGAGAAACUAGAAAUGUGUAACCAUUUUCUUUAGUAAAUGUGGCAUGUUAAGUUUACAUAAACUAGGUCCUGUAAAAAUGGUAACAUCUCCAUCAAUUCUACAUUUCAUCCAUAAUGUGCAGUUGGUUGCUGCCCUUCAAACUCAUUUGACAAGGGGAAACCUUUAACUGUAGGUAUUCCUUUAGUGCAAUGAUUUGGGAAAGACAUACUUUACUGUAUCUUUUAAACAAGGAAAUGGAGUUGUUAACACAAAAAAGUGACCAAAAGUACAUAAUAAAGAUUGUGCUAGAAAUACAGGGAGUGAGAAUUUAUUCCAUUGUUACAUCAGGAAAAUAGUAUUUUCCUCAAAAUGAUGUCAGAAGGAGGACCAAUUGUUUUAAUUUUUGUGGUGAUUUUUGCUGACUUCCUAAAACAAUAUUGAAAAAGACCAUUCUGAAAACCAUGACAUUCAUUAGAACAUCUUUUGUUUCCCCCAAUAAGUAUGUUUUGCAUUUGACAGGGGUUGAAUCUGGUGAUGUGCAUUGAAGCACUAAUUCUAUUAAAGUCUUCAGAGCUUUUAUAGAAAUUAUAAUUGUUGAAUUGUGAGAGAGAUUCAGGAGAGAGCAGAUUGUUCUUGUUCAUUGACGGUGAAGUAAAAAUGGAAAUUCUGAUUAAUGUCAGUUACUAUUUUGAGUAUAUAAUGAUGUAUCUGAUUUGGACUUCUGUUUUUAAGCAGUAUUCCUUGCUUCAUGUAAGGUGAGAUCCAUGGUGAAAUUCCAUUUCUGCACUGUACUAAUUUAUUUAAUGGCUGCAAAUAAGAUGAAACUAAUGGAGUAGGAACUAGUAGUGAACUUAAAUCUGAAAUUCUCCUAUUUCCCGUAAAGGAGUCUGGUCCUUCAUUGUGAUAGAUAGGAGUUAGGUAUUUUUGGAAUUUAAUGAUAUGAUCUUUCCCAUCUCUUCCUUGAGGUAGCAAUUCAGGCAUUUAUAUUUGACAGUAUUUACUUAAUAUAAACCUAAGUUCUUUUAUUAUGUCUUUAUUUUUAAUUCAUAUACACUCCAAGGAAAAAAAACAUUCAGAAGAAAUUCCACCACAAAAAACUGCGUUAAGUUGGAGUCAGAUUUGCUGAUGUCCUUCUUACAGAAGAUUAUGAAAAAGGAAAUCAUGUUGAGGUUCUUUCAUGAUCUUUAGGAAUUACUUCCUCUUUUGGACAAGAUGAGUGAAUCAGAAGAGAAAAAAAGAGUAACUUAGCAUCUGCUACUCUGACCACGUAUACAUUAUUUCUUGUGAUGUGCUGUAAGGUAUGUGACUAAGUCUGUCAGAUGUCUUAUGAGGAUGUUUUCCUAACACGGUGUUUACUCCAGAUUAACGCAGUAUUUUGUUUGGAAGUAUGUAGGUGUACAGGUAGAAACAGAGUAUGAGAAAUAAGGUUGAUGAAACAAGUGUUGGACAUUUCUAUAUUUUUAUACAUUAUGAAGGGCAUUUUUGAAAAUUUUCUUGCAGUUUUAGUAAUUAUUUAGUGUGGUAAUAUACAUAUAUUGUGACAAUGUUUUCCGCUAUAUCCAUUACUUUGGUGUAAUUCUAUUUUAUGUAGCAAAUAUGUGUAUAUAGAAAGGAGAUUAUGUAAGAACUAUGAUUAAAAAAUAGGCUCAAGACCUUCAGAACAGGGACCGUCUUCCUCUGUGUCUACAAAGUACUAAAUGCCUUGGGGUCCCAGCCAGAGCUCCUGUCUGAGACCUGUAGUGACCGAAUUGCCAAGUGAGGAGUUGGGGGAAGCAGCUCUUCUGCUUUCCACGGGAAGCCUGAGUAUGAAAGGUGCCAUGAAGCUCACCGUGCCAAUCCCCGGUGCUGGGGCUGUGCUGUGUACAGCUGUUCCCAGCACCACCUGCCAAGCGACCCAGGGAGCCCAGGUCCAUAUAUCCUUUGCUCCAGUCCUUCCCCUUGGCAGUAGGAAAGGAAAUCUGACAAGGAGCUUUAAUGUCAACAGGAAAUCUUACUUGUUAGCAGGGUGACCCUUCCAGAGCUUGCUUGGUCCGCAUGCAGUGUCCUUUGAAGCCGAACAAAUGAUUCCUGUUGACUUCAAGGGCCACUGGAUGUGCUCCUGCAAGAUCAAGUUCUGCUAACGUAACAGCUCUGUUACACCUGAGGACCUGGUUGGUCAAGUUCUUCAGGAAUGGUCUAAAAAGAUGUAAAAAUAUAAAUAUAUUUAAUUACAUGUACUGAAAACCAAAUCCUAUUUGUUGUGGUCAGAGUUCAGAUAAUUAUGGGAAUUUUGAUUUCUUAGUCAUACUUGCAAAUAUAUUGUUUUAACUAUUGUGUAUGAAAGAGGAAGUGAUUCUAAAAUGUGUGAAAGAUCAGGAUUACACCUGUUUUUUUAAUGGUCAUGUUAUUUAGGAAUGGAUAUCAGUGAAUUUAACUCCAUAAUAAUGCAAUUUUUUUGCAUUGGAAUAUGUGUGUAUAUCAUACACCUGCAUUUUAUAUAUAAUAUAUUAUAUAUUUGGUACUAACUUUGUAUUUUGAAAUUUUGCCAAAUUGCGAACACAGAUGUUCUCACUUGUAAGACUUUGGUACUUAAUAACUGAAUGUAUAAGAAAUGCUCUAAUGAGAGUAUGAGAGGAAAGAGAGUUGUAUGGUGUCCCACAGCCCAGAUGGCUCGACCAGCAGGCACGUUGCCUUUUCCACGUCUCACGUCAUUGCAGCAUCACCUUUGGUCUCCUGGAAGCAGUCUGUGUGCCGGCUGCCGCCACGCCAGUCACAGCUGACUGGCAGUAGUGAUACAGUAGCCACCAGUGUGCCACAAACACCUUCAUUAAAUGCAGAAAUAGACAUUUCUACAAAGGCCAAAAUCUUGUGUUGUAUGUUCCUUUCUUGUCAUUACAUUGUAUCAUAUUGUAAGAUUAUUGUAUGUCCUAAUUUGCAUUAUAAAAUGUUUUUUCCUACUUAAAGGCAUAAAUAUAGCAACUUUGUAUAAAGGUAGCUUUCUAGAUUUUUAUUUCUUUUAUAUAAAAAAGUCUAAACAGUGGGAGUACCAUUGCCAAAUUGUUUAUAAAAUUGCAAGUAAUUUUCCCUGUUCAGUGAAUUUGUUUUUACAAACAUUCCGUAUUUCUUAUACUAUGCAGAAAAAAUGUAUUUUUAUGCCAUUCCACAUUAAUCUUAAAAAUAAUUUCAUUUCUUUUAAGCUGUCAUUAUUGAGAAAGCUUACCAAAUGUGCAUUUAAAAACAAUGUGUUAUGUACAUUUUUCCCCUUACCAGUGCCAACUUCAUUCGGAAAAAAAAAUUGUAGCAUGGCAAUAAACUAUUGAUUUUACAUUAAAAAUUGUCUGUGGGUUACUUCAGUAGUUUGCAGUUAGCGUCACUGUAUUGUGUUUUGUCUUUUAUAAUUUUUCUGCUUUUCUUUAUAAAUCAUUGCUUCAUGUAACUCUCUCUGCCCUCCUCCCUGCCUCCAUAUUC